AAUGGUGAGUUGCAACAUCUCUCUAGGCUGAGUCACCUCCCACUGCUCUCCACAGUUGAAGGUUUAUAAAGAGGACCAGAGGCUGACAGAGGGGGUAAGAGUCCCCUGGCUAGCCCUGCUCUUCCAGGUUCCCAGAAGUUUCAGAUCAGAGGGCUCAGGCAAACCUCUGGAGCUCUUGUCUGCUGAGACCAUGGUGUGGCAGCAGCUGUGGCUGAGCUUCUUACUUCCUAUGACAGUCUCAGGCCGGGCUCUGGGAUCUACAGAGAAGGAGGCAGUCUUGGAUUAUCUGUUGCAGUAUGGAUAUCUACAGAAACCUCUAGAAGGAGCUGUUGACUUCAGGUUAGAAGAUAUCACAGAAGCCCUAAGAGCUUUCCAGGAAGCAUCAGACCUGCCAAUUUCAGGUCAGAUAGACGAUGACACAAGGGCCCGUAUGAGGCAGCCCCGUUGCGGUCUGGAGGAUCCCUUCAACCAGAAGACCCUUAAAUUCCUGCUUCUGGGCCGCUGGAGAAAGAAGCACUUGACGUACCGCAUCUUGAAUCUUCCCUCCACCCUCUCACCCUCCAGAGCCCGGGAAGCCCUCCAUCAAGCCUUUAAGUACUGGAGCAGUGUGGCCCCCCUGACCUUCCGGGAGGUGAAGGCUGGUUGGGCUGACAUCCGCCUCUCCUUCCAUGGCCGCCAAAGCCCAUACUGCUCCAACUCCUUUGAUGGGCCAGGGAAGGUCCUGGCCCAUGCUGACAUCCCAGAGCUUGGCAGUGUACACUUCGAUAGUGAUGAAUUCUGGACUGAGGGGACCUACAAAGGAGUGAACCUGCGAAUCAUUGCAGCCCAUGAAGUGGGCCAUGCCUUGGGACUUGGCCACUCCCGAUAUACUCAGGCACUCAUGGCCCCUGUCUAUGCUGGCUACCAGCCCUACUUCAAGCUGCACCCAGAUGAUGUGGCAGGGAUCCAGGCUCUCUAUGGUAAGAAGAACCCAGGGGCAGAAGAUGAGGAGGAAGAGAUUGGGAUUACCACUGUGUCACCAGUGACCACAAAACCCAGUCCCAUGCCAAACCCCUGCAGCAGUGAACUGGAUGCCGUGAUGCUGGGGCCUCGUGGGAAGACCUAUGCUUUCAAGGGGGACUACGUGUGGACAGUUACAGAUUCAGGGCCAGGUCCCUUGUUCCGAGUGUCUGCUCUUUGGGAGGGACUCCCUGGAAACUUAGAUGCUGCUGUCUACUCUCCUAGAACAGGAUGGAUUCAUUUCUUCAAGGGAAACAAGGUUUGGCGAUAUGUGGGUUUCAAGAUGUCUCCUGGCUUUCCCAUGAAACUCAACAGGGUAGAACCCAACCUGGAUGCAGCGCUCUAUUGGCCUGUUAAUCAAAAGGUGUUCCUUUUUAAGGGCUCAGGGUACUGGCAAUGGGAUGAGCUGGCCAGAACGGACUUCAGCCGCUACCCCAAACCGAUCAAGAAAUUGUUUACUGGCGUGCCAGACCGACCCUCGGCAGCGAUGAGCUGGCAAGAUGGCCAAGUCUACUUCUUCAAGGGCAAUGAGUAUUGGCGUCUUAACCAUCAGCUUCGAGUGGCAAAGGGCUAUCCCAGAAAUGUCACACACUGGAUGCACUGUCAUCCUCAGACUCCAGACACUAACUCCUUACCUGGCGACAUUACUCCCUCAAGCACAGUCACACUCUUGGAUACCACUCCCUCAGUCUUGGACAUUACUCCCUCAGCUAUGGACUCUGCUAACUUUUCAGACCCCCCUGCUGGUGUCACCCCGCUGGGAGCCUAAGAACUAAUUGAUGUCUGCUCAUUAGGACUGUGCAGAUGAUACAGCAUCCGCACUAGCCGUAGACCUCACACCACUAAUAUUCUAAUUCUGGACACCACUUUCCUACAAGGUGCCUCCUUGUUUCUGAGUCAGUUUCCAAUUCCCAUUUCUCUUUGUCACAUAGCUCUUUCAAGUGUGUCAUCUAUUCUCUGGUGGAGGAAAAUUAUCAAUCAGGUUUUUGAUUUUUUUUUUUUUUUUUUUUUUUUUUUUUUUUUUUUUUUUGGGCAGGGUCUCUUUCUACAUAGUACUGGCUAAGACUGUUCUCAAACACUCUGGGUAGACCAGGCUGGUCUCAAAUUCACAGAUAUCCACCUGCCUCUGCCUCUGGAGCUCCUGAGUGUUGGGAUUAAAGGCAUGUGCUACCAAG